AUAACGGGAGCCUCGUUGAUUUGUAGAGAAUUGGAGGAUUAUUUAUCUAAUUGUCCCACAUCGCUCCGACUUCCGCAAUGUUGUGCGGGGUAUAUCAAGUGCAAGGCGAGAUCCUAAACCGAAGCCCGGAGGGCGUUAAAAGCAACCGCUGAGUGUCACACGAACUCUGCUGAUGUGUCGCACCUCGCCUCGGUCAAAAUGUUUUCUUCAACCAGUCCAAAUAACUCGGUAGCCUAUUACAAUGGCCACAUCUAUACAGUCAAUCCAGCCCAGCCCUGGGCUGAGGCUUUCAUUGUGUCCGCAACAGGUAUAAUUGAGGCAAUUGGUACCGAAGAGGAGAUCUUCAAGAUUGCCAACUCACGAAACCUCAUCCGAUAUGAUCUCGCUCAAAGAUUCGUUAUGCCGGGCAUCCACGAUGCCCACACCCAUCUGCUGCUGGCCAGUAUGCAAGCCUUGAACGAGUCUUCUAUUGGCAUCGAUUCCGGUGCGAGCGAUAUCGGUCAACGAUUGCAGGCUGGCGUGUGCGCUUGCGCUUAUCACAAUGUGGCUGGAGACUGGGUUAUUGGCAAUUACUAUCAAGCUAGUGCAUUCCCUGAUGGUAUCCCAGAUCGCAAAUAUCUGGAUUCCAAGUAUCCGACUACGCCAGUACUCGUGCGGGAGGUUUCUUGCCAUCGCAUUCUUCUCAACACUGCGGGACUCGAAAGAGCAGGAAUUGACCCUGUUCAUGCGGCUAAUCCUCCGGGUGGAUUUUAUGUCCGUCGUCCAGAUGGGAGCCUCACUGGAGAAGUCGCUGAGAGCGCUAUGAGCCAAGUCUUUUCCAAGAUCCCCAAUACACCUUUAUCUCACGCGAAACGAGCUUUGGAAUUUGGCAUACGCAUGUGUCUCAAGUAUGGAAUCACAUCUUGCCAAGAAGCCUCCGCCAACUCCUUAUACCUCCAUGCCCUCCAAGAACUGGAGCAGGAAAAUCGUCUCGACCUCGACAUCUAUACGCAUAUUGUCUGUGCCCCCGAGACAUUUGCCAUGGAACCUCGCGAGAGAUUAGCAGCCUUGCUAGAUGUGGCCAAUGGCUUCCGCAGCAAGCACGUGCACACGAACUUCGUCAAGUUCUGGCUCGACGGAGCGCCGUUACCGCCACAAUUCACCCAGUGUGAUCUCGACGCGAAUGGUCGUCCGGAGCAGAAACACAUGGUAAUUGACUGGCGCUUUUUGGAAGAAGCAGUGACCAAAUACGAUGCGCGUGGUAUGACCUGCAAGCUCCAUGUUGCAGGCGAGGGAUCUACUCGAGGAGCCUUCGAAGUGCUGGAGAGAGUUCGAAAGGCUAACCCUAAUGGGCCAAGGCAUGAGCUGGCUCAUUGUAGUGCGGUUCACGACGAUGAUAUUCCUCGCUUUGUGAAGAGCCGAAUCACUGCCGAGAUGUCUCCCGCUAUUUUCCAUGAACCUGUCGUUCAAGAGAUACCUCACCUUCUCAAGUGGGCAUUCAACCAGGUCCUUGAGACAGGAGCCCACAUGACGAUCGGAUCAGAUUGGCUUUUGCCAGAAACACCUAGCCUUUUCGAUUCACUUGCUGCUAUCGUUGAGAAGGUGGACGUGUGGCCUGGCGGCCGCAAGAGCUCAGCUUUGGAAUCUGGAAAGACUACCAAGGAAAGGGGAGGUGAAAUCCUAUGCCAAGUCAUCACACUUAGCGGUGCAGAGGCAGUCGGAGCUCAAGACCGAACUGGCAGUCUGGAAGUCGGAAAGGUGGCCAACUUUAUUGCCGUGGACCGUGACUUAAGCAAGGGCGAUUUCUCGGGUGCUACUGUUUUGAAGUCUUGGUUCGAAGGUCGGUUGGUCUUUGAACUGUAGAGAUUAUGGGUCUCGUACGAUACUUUCGACUACUGGUAGUAGACUGUGAUGGACAACAUCACUUCUGGAAAUCGCUAUAUGAUCGAAUCUUGCUGUAUCUACUUUCAUUGAAAAGAUGGACGAAUCAACAUUUCGGUAUCUCAAUAGCGCGUGAGAUACUCCAUCGGCUAGGUU